GCUUGGCAAACAUCAACCGGCAUCAUCAACCGGCUUGCCUAACGCAAUGGCGACGGCUCUUGAGAGGAUCAAAAGGUACCAAGACAGCUUGGAGGACAAAAGAGACCUGUUUAAACUCCGGCUGGCUCUGGAACAAGAGUGUUCCUUGGCUACCAGAUGUUUUCAUCUCGCGGAACCAGAGCAGUUUUUGUGGCGUUCGUCCCAAUCUGUAUGGGCUGGCGUGGUCGACUGGGCCGAUCUCACAGAGGCAGUGUGGCCGCCCAGCAUAAAGCUUCUGUUGCUGAGUUUCACCCUGCACCUCAGCGCCCUGUACCUCGGCAGCGCCCCGCACCUUUGUUCGGAGCCCGAAUGCUAUGGGAAUCUCAUCCAGAUGAAAACCGUUCUGCUGUUGCCGCCCCAAGCGCUGUCGAAGAGGCGUUGCACUGUCCAGGAUGCGGCUGAGCCGGGCUUCCUAGCUGAGCCGUCUGGAGGUGCCCAGCGGGAAGCCCGGAUCUCUGCGGCCGACUCAGGGAUGAAGCCGGCUAUCGAGGAGAUAGAUCGCCUCGAAGCCGGACAAGCCAGAUCGCUGGAAGAUCUUGGACACAUCCCGUUCCUAAGUUCUGGAUUGGUAUUGAAACUCAUGACUCAUGACACAUCCCGUUGGAAGCCCGCGCCUCUUCGCCUGCGCCUGGCGGCAGCACUGUGCGGCAACACAUCCUGGACAGUGCAGCACCUCUUCGCCUGCACCUGGCGGCAGCAGAGUGCAAAGGGACCGAAGAAGAGGUCCGAGCUGUUGGAAAGCAGCUUAAGCUGGCGAGCCUUGUCGCACGGGAUUGGGAGGCUUCUGUUGCUGAGUUUCACCCUGCGCCUCAGCGCCCUGUACCUCGGCAGCGCCCCGCACCUUUGUUCGGAGCCCGAAUGCUAUGGGAAUCUCAUCCAGAUGAAAACCGUUCUGCUGUUGCCGCCCCAAGCGCUGUCGAAGAGGCGCUGCACUGUCCAGGAUGCGGCUGAGCUGGGCUUCCUAGCUGAGCCGUCUGGAGGUGCCCAGCGGGAAGCCCGGAUCUCUGCGGCCGACUCAGGGAUGAAGCCGGCUAUCGAGGAGAUAGAUCGCCUCGAAGCCGGACAAGCCAGAUCGCUGGAAGAUCUUGGACACAUCCCGUUCCUAAGUUCUGGAUUGGUAUUGAAACUCAUGACUCAUGACACAUCCCGUUGGAAGCCCGCGCCUCUUCGCCUGCGCCUGGCGGCAGCACUGUGCGGCAGCACCGUCAGCCGCAUCCUGGACAGUGCAGCACCUCUUCGCCUGCACCUGGCGGAAGCAGAGUGCAAAGGGACCGAAGAAGAGGUCCGAGCUGUUGGAAAGCAGCUUAAGCUGGCGAGCCUUGUCGCACGGGAUUGGGAGGCGGCGAUGGCCGCUUCCUUGACAUCCAGCCGCUUCGUCGUGCUGGUGGAAGUUGUGGGGGCUGUGGCCCUGGACACUUCUUCCAAGGCAUGUGCUGACUUGCAAUAUGCCGCGGCCGACUCAGCACUUUACACUCAACAUUCAUGUCAGGCUUCUGUUGCUGAGUUUCACCCUGUUCUGCUGUUGCCGCCCCAAGCGCUGUCGAAGAGGCGCUGCACUGUCCAGGAUGCGGCUGAGCCGGGCUUCCUAGCUGAGCCGUCUGGAGGUGCCCAGCGGGAAGCCCGGAUCUCUGCGGCCGACUCAGGGAUGAAGCCGGCUAUCGAGGAGAUAGAUCGCCUCGAAGCCGGACAAGCCAGAUCGCUGGAAGAUCUUGGACACAUCCCGUUCCUAAGUUCUGGAUUGGUAUUGAAACUCAUGACUCAUGACACAUCCCGUUGGAAGCCCACGCCUCUUCGCCUGCGCCUGGCGGCAGCACAGUGCGAAGAGGAACAGAAGAAAGGAGCUGCCAAGGCAGAGGUCCAAGCUGCCAGGCAGAGGUCCGAGCUGCCGGAGCGCAGCUUAAGCUGGCGGAUGAAGCCGGCUAUCGAGGAGAUAGAUCGCCUCGAAGCCGGACAAGCCAGAUCGCUGGAAGAUCUUGGACACAUCCCGUUCCUAAGUUCUGGAUUGGUAUUGAAACUCAUGACUCAUGACACAUCCCGUUGGAAGCCCGCGCCUCUUCGCCUGCGCCUGGUGGCAGCACUGUGCGGCAGCACCGUCAGCCGCAUCCUGGACAGUGCAGCACCUCUUCGCCUGCACCUGGCGGCAGCAGAGUGCAAAGGGACCGAAGAAGAGGUCCGAGCUGUUGGAAAGCAGCUUAAGCUGGCGAGCCUUGUCGCACGGGAUUGGGAGGCGGCGAUGGCCGCUUCCUUGACAUCCAGCCGCUUCGUCGUGCUGGUGGAAGUUGUGGGGGCUGUGGCCCUGGACACUUCUUCCAAGGCAUGUGCUGACUUGCAAUAUGCCGCGGCCGACUCAGCACUUUACACUCAACAUUCAUGUCAGGCUUCUGUUGCUGAGUUUCACCCUGUUCUGCUGUUGCCGCCCCAAGCGCUGUCGAAGAGGCGCUGCACUGUCCAGGAUGCGGCUGAGCCGGGAUUCCUAGCUGAGCCGUCUGGAGGUGCCCAGCGGGAAGCCCGGAUCUCUGCGGCCGACUCAGGGAUGAAGCCGGCUAUCGAGGAGAUAGAUCGCCUCGAAGCCGCCGCGCCUCUUCGCCUGCGCCUGGCGGCAGCACAGUGCGAAGAGGAACAGAAGAAAGGAGCUGCCAAGGCAGAGGUCCAAGCUGCCAGGCAGAGGUCCGAGCUGCCGGAGCGCAGCUUAAGCUGGCGAGCCUUGUCGCACGGGAUUGGGAGGCUUCUGUUGCUGAGUUUCACCCUGCGCCUCAGCGCCCUGUACCCCGGCAGCGCCCCGUACCUUUGUUCGGAGCCCGAAUGCUAUGGGAAUCUCAUCCAGAUGAAACCGUGCCCAGUCAGCCGCAUCCUGGACAGUGCAGCACCUCUUCGCCUGCGCCUGCAUGUAGCAGAGGAGGAGGUCCUAGCUGCCGGAAAGGCGCUUCGGCGGGCGAGCCUUGUCACACGGGAUGCGGAGGGGGACGACGCGCAGUCGAUACCCGAGGCAGGAGAUUUUGUAGUGCCCUUGCUGCCCUUCACCUUGCCGCGCUACGAGUCGGACCGGUCCUUGGUUGGUUGGCGUUGGACUGCGAACAACGCUGAUUCGGAAGCAGAGGCCAAGGAUAUAGUCUCACAAGCUGCGACGCCUUUGCCCGCCCUCGCUGCCGAUGAGCUGCGGCCUCCAGAGGGGUGCCAGGGCUGGAGCGAAAACUGGAAUCCUGGAGGAAAUGGAAGUGCACCUGCGAUACCUGCGGCUGCCUCCUCUCUUGCCCUGCCGAGGAUGGAACCAGCGAUCAAAGAGAUGGAUCGCCUGGAAGCCAAAGCAUUAGAAAAAGAAUCGUUUACAGGCUUCCGUUGCUGUGUUUCACCCUGCGCCUCCGCGCCCUGUACCUCGGCAGCGCCCCGUACCUUUGUUCGGCGCUGUCGAAAUGCGGCUGAGCCGGGCUUCCUAGCUGAGCCGUCUGGAGGUGCCCAGCAGGAAGCCUGGAUCUCCGCGGCCGACUCAGGGAUGAAGCCGGCUAUCGAGGAGAUAGAUCGCCUCGAAGCCGGCGCGAACAACGCCGAUUCGCAAGCAGACGCCAAGGAUGGAACCAGCGAUCAAAGAGAUGGAUCGCCUGGAAGCCAGGGCAUUAGAAAAAGAAUCGUUUACAGGCUUCCGUUGCUGUGUUUCACCCUGCGCCUCCGCGCCCUGUACCUCGGCAGCGCCCCGCGCUGUCGAAAUGCGGCUGAGCCGGGCUUCCUAGCUGAGCCGUCUGGAGGUGCCCAGCGGGAAGCCCGGAUCUCCGCAGCCGACUCAGGGAUGAAGCCGGCUAUCGAGGAGAUAGAUCGCCUCGAAGCCGGCGUGCCCUUGCUGCCCUUCACCUUGCCGCGCUACGAGUCGGACCGGUCCUUGGCGAACAACGCUGAUUCGGAAGCAGAGGCCAAG